GCGGUCGCAGCCAAUUCUCGAGCGUGCGAAAAUUUCGUCCGACAGAAUUUCAUUUUAUACACAAAUAUAAAUACAUAAUGUUAUUCGAAUUCGGCGCGAUAUCUGGCGGUGACGCAACGCCCAGAUAAAAGUUAAAUGUUACAAGAAAUAAGCGGAGGCUUCGGCGUAGAGAAUUGCACGUUUCCCAGUGGUUUACGUUCGACCUGAAACAUGGAAUUUCGCGCGGUCUUUUUCUUCUUUUACCUGUGGUCAUCGGCGGAUUCGGAAAACCGCAACACCUCGCAGGCCCCCGCCUACCUGGAGAAAACGGAACAGGGCCUUUGGAGCAUCCCUUCGGGCUCGCCCGGCAUCCUGUCGGCGAACUUCGGCUACAACAACAUAACGCGCCUGCGCGCCUUCGCCUUCCAUCGCAGCGGCUUCGUCGAUCUGGAAUCGAUCCGGCUGCGCGGCAAUCGAAUCGAUUCGAUCGAUCGCCGGGCGUUCAGGGGGCUCGAUCGCCUGCGGGAGCUCUACCUGCAGGAGAACCGCAUCGAAUCGUUGGACUCCAACACGUUCAAGGCGAACGCGCGGCUGCUGAAGCUCGAUUUGAGCUCGAACGGGAUCCGGUUCGGCGAGGGGCCGUUUUUGAGCUCGCCCUCGCUGGAGACGCUCGUUUUGAGCGACAACCGCAUCGAGCGCAUCCAUCGGGCUACCUUGGCGAAAUUGCCGAAUUUGAGGUAUUUAAUAGUGAAUUCCAACGAGUUGUUUCUGAUAGCCGAUGGGAGUUUCGCGUGGACGAAUCGAUUCGUUUAUCUGUCGAUCGCUCGAACGGGGGUUUACAAAUUGAGCGACGGGAUGUUCGGGAACAACGAGAGUUAUCCGAGAGUUAUCGAUUUGACUGAUACGCCUUUGGCGAACGCUUUCGAUCCGCCGUUGACUAAAGUUAGGAAUAAAGGAGUCAGUGAUUUGAUUAAUAUCGAUAAAUACUUUUAAAAUGUUGUUGUUUUUUUUUGGCGCAGGUCGUUUUUGGGACGUCCUGUAUAUGACGUGAAUAAUUGUCUUCAUAUUGAAGAUGAGUUAAUUUAUGAUGUAUAUUUUAAAUAGGGGAUGGUGCGCGAUUAGUUUUCACACUACUUAACAUAUCUGUUAAGUAUAAACUACGAGGUAGAUAUUGGACUAAAUGAAUAGUAAAUUUGUAUGUAAUUUUUCAAUAUCUAAUCAUGUGUUAAGUAGUCUGUAAACUGCAAUAUCCCUUUAUAAAGACUUUAUAAAGACAAUGCACCGCCAUUGUCGCAGACUGAAUUUUCCUCUAAUAACUUUAAGUAUUAUCAAUUACCUAAGUAAACAUUAGACUAGGACUUAAAUUUCUGUUCCCAUAAAAGCGAAAAAAAAAAAUCACCAGGUCAUAGAAUGACUUGCCAAGAGUGAUAUAAUUGCAAUUUAACGUGUAUUGUGUAAAAUCGCAAGCGAUAAGAUAUUCGGUAUUUAUUAAAUGCGUAUAUACUCACGUAAUUAUUAAAUAAUAUAAAGAAUUUUAUUGUUUGUAUACAAAAAGAUUAUUCUUUCGCGCAAUUCGUAAACAGAUCGAAAUCCGAUACAAACAAACUGCUUUCUUAUAACAUAUUUACAAAUAAUAGAUCAUUGUAUUUAUCUAUUUUUAGAUUUUUCAAUUAUUCUACUUCAGUAGAACGCCCUGUAUAUACAAACUCAAAGCGGAAUGUCGUUAGAUGGAAAUACAGGGUGGCGUUACUUAAUCGUUGAUCGAUUAAAUGGCGAAAGGAAUUUCAUCGAAAGGAAAAAAAAUCGGGUUUUUUGCAUGCACAAAGUUCUCGAAUUACAUCCGCUCGUUUCUCCUAAAAGGCAUAUUAAAAUUUCCAAGACCUGCAUGUCAUUAACUCGUCGUUUCCUGUCGCACAGGUAGAAAAUAACAGUUUGUAAUUUCAAUUUCGCUUGCGCAAACACCUUAUUUUCGAAUCGGUUGUGGAAUUGCAUUAUUUAUAUUACUCGGUGUUUUUUUUUUCGAUUUUAUCGAUUCGAUCGUUUGUUUUUUUAUAUUAUU